AUGAAUACAAAUGAAAUAGACCAAAUCAUCAACCAAAUCACUAGUUCACUAUCGCAGCUGCACGACCCACGCUCAACACAAGAGCAAAGACAAUCGAGUCAAGUCUUUCUCGAAGAGCUCAAAACGCGACCCAACGCCUACACCUUUGCACUAAAGCUAGUACAAACACCACAAAUCAACGAUAUAGCUAAACACUAUGGUCUGCACGUCAUUGAAAACCUAGUAAAGAAUCGAUGGAAUCAAGCAUCAGACUCUGAAAAAGAGUCUGUUAAAAAGGAGAUACUACAAAUCGUAGCAAACAUAUCGCCCAAAGAACAAAGAUUCAUCAAGGAAAAGAUGGUCACUGUGAUUGUAGAGAUUGUCAAAAGAGAUUGGCCACAAAGAUGGUCAAACCUAUUGGAAUCACUUGUACAAAUCUCUCAAUUGGGUGAUAGUCAAGCUGAACUUGUCCUUUUAACAUUUGGAAAGUUACCAAGUGAAAUCAUUGUUGAAGGUGGUAGUGGUACUACUUCAUCUGCAGCCUCUUCAUCACUGCCAGAUCAAAGAAAAAAGGAUCUAAUGAUUGGUAUAAACCUUGCAGUUGAAUCACUCUUUAAUUAUUUCUAUCAAGUAUUGGAAAGUAGAUAUCAACUCUAUAAACAACAAUCACAAAAUCAACCAAAUAUAAAUAUUAUUUCUACACUUUUAAAUUGUUUAAUUUCUUAUAUUGAUUGGAUUCCUCUCAAAACAAUAUUACAACAUAAAUUAGAUUUUAUAUUUUGUCAAUUAUUACAAGAUUUACCAUUUAGAAUCAAUUCAUGUGAAUGUUUAUUAUUAUUUUCAAAUAGAAAAUGUAAAAUCGAGGAAAAGGGAGAUUUAUUGUCAACCUUUAACAUGUUGGAAACCAUACAUAAAGCAAUGGGAGUAACAUCCAAUUCAUUUGAAGAUGAUUAUGUAUUUCAAAAAAGAAUGGCUCAAAUGUUGACCAUUCUUGGUACAACUCAUCUAUCCUAUUACUCUAGUAUCAGAGAACAAGAUAGAAAGUUACCAAACAAUUAUCAAAGUUUUUUACAAAUGAUGUUACAAUUGUUACAACAUCCAAGUGUUCUAAUGACAUCACUUUCCAUCCCAUUUUGGAAUGCAUUUCUUAAAAAUCAAGAUAUCAUCAAACCAAUAGAUUAUAUGGAUAGUCUAUUAAAAGAAUUAUUGGUUUGUUCACAAUCUAAAAUCCUCAAAGUUGGUGAUCCCGACAAACAAGAUCAAACCAUUCAAUCAAAAUAUUCAUCAAUCGAUUUUGGUACUUCAAAAGAAUGGGGUCAAUUUUUUGGUACUGUUCGUAGUCGUUUUAUUGAUUUAACAAAAUUAAUUUCAAAUCUCAGUCCUGAAAUAGCAAUUGAAUUUAUAAUUAAAAAAUCAAUUGAAAUGAUACCAGCUAUAAAAUCAACCACUUUGGCAUUGACACAUGAACAAACAUUAAUUUUAGAAUCCAUUUCAUUCUAUCUUGAAGUAGUUGUUCAAAAUUUACCUGCUCUAUUUUUCCAAGUUGAUUCAAAAUAUCAAUCUUCAAUUAAACUUACUGAACAAUUACUUCAAGAAUUAUUUCAAAAUGAUUUUAAAGAUGCAAAUGCAACAUCAUUUCAAAUUGAUUGUAUUAGACCAUUUACAAGUUAUUAUUCACAUCAUGGAUCAAGUUUACAAUUUAUAUUAAAAAAGUUGGUACCAUUGAUUGCAUUUAAAAAUCCUACUUUGGAUCAACCAAAAAUGACAGUUUCAACUCAACAUUGUAGAAGAAGAGCUAUUAGUAGUUUGAUUCAUUUGGCAACUGAAUUGACAGAUCAAAUGAAACCAUUCCUAAAUGAUCUCUAUCAAUCUAUUAUUCAACUGUUUCAAAUGGAAUUAUUAUUGGAUAGUGAAAAGGUUAUGCUUUUCCACUUACUUAUGAUUUUUGCAAAUGAAUACAACAAUUAUCAACAAUCACUUGGUUUCUUGAAAGAAUUUAUUCAACCAGUUUUAAAUAAUUGGGUUAGUUUAGAUUUUACAAAUGCAUUUAAGUCACCAGAGAAUCUUGUAAACUUUUUAGGACUAGACAAGGAAAAUAAUUAUUCAACCGAAUAUAUUGGUAGACGUAAAAAACUUCAAUUCACAAUUGCCUCACUUCAAAUCUUUUGGAAAAAGGCUCAACUUCCAUCUCAAGUGAUCAAUGCCACUGCAGGUGAAUCUAGUCAAGGAUUUAUGGAAUUUAUUUCAAAUGGUAUUAGUUAUCCUUCAAAAUGGCCAAUAUCUGAAUUUAUUAAAGAUAUCCUACCAAAUUUAGCUUCACUAGUCGCUACUCUACAUCAACUUUGGAAUCCAUCCUUUAUUCAAUCCAUCCCUGCUUGUUAUCAUCCAAUCUUUCAAUUGGAUGAAGCAAUCACUGCUCCACUUUUAGGUCAAGAUUAUCAUAAAGAUAAUAAAAAUGAAUCUGAAAAUAUUAAAUUCCUUAGAAAUUUAAUUGAUCUCUUAAGAGAAGCUUGUUAUGAAAUAAUUGGAUAUGGAUUUUCACAUUCUGAUGAAUUAUUUGAAAUUUCAACAUUACCAAAGAUUUUAUUUGAUUCUAUUUUCUCUAGUUUGGAAUUUUGUGAAAAUAGACAUUUGAAAUUACUUUUGCGUCAUUGUUUAAUAUUCCUUGUUAAAUAUAAUCCACCAAAAUUACAAUCUCAAACUUUACAACCUUUAUUACCUCCAUUUAUUACUCUACUAUUUAACAAAAUUAAAUUAGGUUGGGAGGAAAUUGAAAUUAGAUCUCAAAAGAUAAAUAAUCAUUCAGAAAUGGUAGAAAUUGUUGAUGAUAAAAUACUUCGAGAUUUAACAUUAGAAUUUACAUAUUGGAUUAAAGAUUUUUCAAGUCAUCCAAGUAUAUUGUCAGAUUUGGAAAUUAUGACACCAGUUAUUUAUGGUUUAUCUGCUUGCUUACUAUCAAAUGAUCAUCAAAUUGUUAUCAAAUCAACACCCAUUUCUGUACAUCUGAUAGAGAUUAUUGGAGAGGAUGCAAGAUUCCAUCAUUUGUUGGGUAAUGAAAUGUUUGGAGUUUGUCUUAAAAUGUUGAUUCGAAACAAGACACCAGAUUUGGCAUCUGAUUUUAUCAAUAUUGUUCGUGCCAUCUAUCAUAAACUCUACAAACAUACCAAUGUAUGUCACCAACUAUUACUGCAAAUCCCAAACAUUACACCUCAACAUUUAAACAAGUUUGACAAGGAUCUGAGUUACUCCAAAUCUGAAAAGAAUCAAAAGGCUCUCUUUAAAACAUUCCUCAAUGAUAUCAUUGGUAUCAAUAUCAACAAACUCAAGAAACCAAGUAUCCUAGACUUGCCCGAAAAAUUAUUUGUUGCCAAACAAACUGGUACUCCUUCUUGGAAUGAUAUUCCUCAUUCUGCUAAUACUAUUGGUACUACUUUAACUGAUUUAUUUGAUUAA